UCAACUAUUCCUACUGCAUACAAGCACAAGAUCCCUGCCCAUGAAGGUGGCUGUGCUUCUAUAUUGUUUGAGUACAAUUCUGACAAAUUGUUCAGUGGUGGGCAGGACCGGACCAUCAAAAUUUGGGAUACAUACACUGGGUCAAUAAGUCGCACUCUUUAUGGUUGUCUGGGGUCUGUUCUUGAUCUUGCGAUUACCCAUGACAACAGAUCUGUCAUUGCAGCAAGUAGUUCAAAUAACUUGUAUGUGUGGGAUGUAAACUCAGGUCGAAUCCGUCAUACUCUAACUGGUCAUAUUGAUAAGGUGUGUGCAGUAGAUGUGAGCAAAUUUUCAAGUCGCCAUGUUGUGAGUUCAGCUUAUGAUCGUACUAUAAAAGUUUGGGAUCUGCAAAAAGGUUACUGCACCAACACAAUUAUUUUUCCAAGCAACUGCAAUGCUCUUUGUUUUAGCAUAGAUGGACAGAUCAUUUGUUCAGGUCAUGUUGAUGGUAAUCUUCGACUAUGGGAUAUUCAGACCGGAAAGCUACUCAGUGAAGUUGCUGCACAUUCACGUGCUAUUACGUCAAUAUCUCUGUCUCGAAAUGGAAAUAUGAUAUUGACGAGUGGGAGGGACAACUUGCAUAAUUUAUUUGACAUGCGUAGUCUGGAAGUUUGUGGCACUUUGAGGGCGAAUGGGAACACAGUGGCAUCCAAUUGGAGCCGAUCUUGUAUCAGUCCAGAUGACAAUCAUGUUGCUGCUGGAUCCAUUGAUGGAUCUGUUCAUAUUUGGUCAAUAUCAAAAGCCAAUAUAGUGAGCACUUUGAGAGAGCACACAGCUCCUGUUCUAUGUUGUUCAUGGAGUGGUGUUGGAAAACCUCUAGCCACAUCUGACAAGAAUGGCAUUAUUUGUACAUGGACAUGA